GACACUUUUUAGUCGGUGAAUUGUAUGGAGUUCCACUGCUGUGCUCCUACUGUUUACAUCGUGUACAAGUGUACGAUGAGAUUGCAAUCAAAUCGGACUCGGAGCAAAUAAAGUACACAUUCGGAAAAAGGAUGAUGAAUCAAUAAGGCUGAGGUGACACUGGAUCGGAGUACGUACGAAAACUUGAUUGUGCGAUAACUGACGAAGAGGAACAAAUAAUUUUGUUCGAUAGAGGCUGGCGAAUUCGAACGAAGCAAGUGGGAAGCAAUGUAACCACACCAAUACAAUUCUACGUAGUUGUUUAAUUCUCAAGCUUGUAUGCGUUUCGUGCAGCCUUGUUUUCGUAAGAAGCUGCAGGCAGUAUCACCGUGACCAAAUAUCCCGUGCCAGUAUGAAUCUCCCGGAAUCGGUUUGUCGCACCUGCCUAGCCGAGUGCAUUCCGAUGGUGAACCUUUUCAGUAGCUAUGAUCUGCCAGCAGCAGCAGCGGCCGACGAUGUCGACGAGCAAUCAUCCACAUCCAACGUUCCGAUUCGAAUCCAGCUCAGCAGCCUAUACACUGAUCUCACGCAGAUUCCGUUGGACCAGAACCAACAGCAACAGUCGUUCCCGUGCGAUUCGCCUAUUUCAGCGCAGAUAUGCCUCCGAUGCGCGGAGCGCUUGAAGGAUUUCUAUCUCUUCCGGCGGAGGGCUGUGAAGGCGUACGAAGAGUUGCAAACCAAGGCUAGCAUCGCGCAGAUAAUCAACCAGUUGGAUCACAGCAGCAUGGGCAGCGUAAGGAAUGAUCGCCUGGAGGAGGACUUUGCGGAGGAUUUGAUUGCAGAGGAUAAGCUGGGAAGCUGCUUCAAGAAGCCGCUGGCAGAGGGUGAGCUGCGGUGUGAUAAUUGUAGGAAAGUUUUUAAGAGCAGGAAAAUGUUGCUUCGACAUCAGGAGAUUCACUCGAGCGAGAAUAAGUAUAAGUGUCGAUAUUGUGGUCGAUGGUUUCGGGCCAGAAGCAGCUGGUACAAUCAUGAGCUGAAGCACCGGCAUGCAGUGGACAACAAGGAGAAACUGGAGCGGGAGUUCUUGUGCGAGAUUUGUGCUAAGAGCUUCAAGACGAAGAAGCAACUGGUGGACCAUUUGGCAAUAGUGCACGAGGGUGUUAAGCGGUUUCACUGUGACAUCUGCAAUAAAAGUUUCACGAGGAACGGUUCGCUGGCUGAGCACAAACUGAUUCAGCACGCGGGGAUAAAGCAGUUUUCCUGCAAUAUUUGUGGGAAAGCGUUCGGGAAGGAGGAUUCACUGAAAACGCAUCGCUCCGUUCAUCUGGGAAAGCGUUUCAAAUGUGAAGUGUGCUCGAAAACAUUCCUCAAAAAUGCUUUUCUCACCGCCCACAUUGCUAAAGCACAUCCCACCGAAGAUGGACCAAAGCCAAACAAGUGCGAAGUAUGUGGAAAAAUAUUCAGUUCUUCGUCUCAUCUUAAGGAUCAUUCGCUCAUUCAUAGCGAUACGCGGCCAGAAAUUUGCAGACUGUGUGGGGCGUCUUUCCGACAGAAGCAGCAACUGAAGGUGCACAUGUACCAGCACAUGGGGAAACCAUUCAAGUGUCAAUUCUGUACCGCAGCGUUCGGAAUACGAACGAGACUUACCGUUCACAUGCAAAAGAACCAUCCAACGGAGGUGCAGAAUUUGGAAUCUCAAUCGCAGCAGCAACAGGAAACGUUGGCUGCUCCACCGGCUAUUAUCAACGAGCCAGACUUUGGAGAUGGCGCCAUCAAUGAAGAAAUAUUGAACGAAAUCUGCUAUCAAAUAGAUGCGAACCAAAUCGUCCUGCAGAACAUUGAAGAUGACGGGGUCAACUUGAUCUACAGCAGCAACGAACACAUCGUGUUCUUUGAUGAUGGGAACAACUUGCUGCCGGAGGAGAUUGAAGGGGUGGACACGAUUGGGCAGCUGUAUGAUUUUGGCAAACAUGACUAUGUACUUCCAGCGGGGAAAGAACUGAAUAAACCCAACUCAGGCUAACAAA